AUGGUAAGAGGUGCUCGUAUUUUCGACGUACUGUUUAGCAGAAAGCUACGUCGAUCACAUGAUGGAAGCACUAUGGGUUGUUGUGAAGCCAGCGUUCAUCAUGCAGUUAUCGUCAUUUUCCUCGAGUAUUUCGCCUGGGGAUUGCUUACUGUGCCGGUCAUUAAUGUCUUGGCUGAUACAUUUCCUACAAAUAAGUUUUUAAUGAAUGGUGUGAUUCUUGGCAUUAAAGGUCUUCUCUCAUUUCUGAGUGCUCCAUUACUUGGUGCUGUAUCGGAUAAAUGGGGACGCAAGUCAUUUUUGCUACUUACUGUAUUUUUCACAUGCAUGCCAAUACCAUGCCUUAAAAUUAGUCCAUGGUGGUAUUUUGCUCUGUUUUCAAUUAGUGGCUUAUUUUCAACAACAUUCAGUGUUGUACUUGCAUAUGUGGCUGAUAUCACCGAUAAAGCUGAUCGUUCAACUGCUUAUGGCCUUAUUUCUGCCACAUUUGCAGCAUCUUUAGUUACAUCUCCAGCACUUGGAGCAUGGAUUUCUGAAUCGUGGGGUGACGAUAGCGUCGUUUUACUUGCCACAGUAAUUGCAAGUUUGGAUGUACUAUUUAUAUUAUUGGUAGUGCCAGAAUCAUUACCUUCCCGUAAUCGUCGAGUAGUAGAUGCAUUUCGUUGGCAAAGAGCUGAUCCCUUUGCAACACUACGAAUUGUUUGGGAGGAUCGUUUGGUGCUUCACUUGGCUGCUAUUAUUUUUUUAAGUUAUCUUCCUGAAGCUGGCCAAUUCUCUUGUUUUUUCGUAUAUUUAAAACUUGUGGUUGGUUUCACUCCGGAAGCAGUUGCCGUUUUCAUUGGACUUGUUGGUAUAUUAUCUGUUAUCGCUCAAACCGGCAUACUUUUCCUUCUUACUAACACUGUUGGCACGAAAUAUACAAUAACUCUUGGCCUGUCAUUUCAGUUUGCUCAAUUAUUAUGGUAUGGUUUGGGUACCAAAUAUUGGAUGAUGUGGGCUGCUGGUCUAUUAGUAGCGAUGAGUCAAUUGAUCUAUCCAUCAAUUAGUGCAUUUGUUAGUGUACACAGCGAUCGUGAUAAACAAGGGACUGUACAGGGUGUCAUUACUGGUGUCCGUGGAUUAUGUCAAGGUUUGGGCCCAGCUCUAUUCGGUUUUAUAUUUUAUUUGUUUGAUAUGGAUUUAAAUGUGGAUAACGAUGGUACGGGUCACAUUGGAAUACCCCCUUUUCCGGCACCUCGCAUUCGAGUUCAACCAAUUAUUUCACCGCGUCGAAAUGCAACUUCAUUUGACAAACCAGCAUUUAACUGGAAGUUAAUCCCAGGACCACCAUUUUUUUUCGGAUCGUUAAUGGUACUACUUGCCUUAUUUGUGAAUUCAUCAUUGCCAAAGGUGCCGUCAGUGAAUACGCGAUUUUUCCGGCGUCCGAGUACUGCACAUAGUCGGCAGUCAUCAGACGAUUCUCGUUUACUUCAGAACUCAUAG